UGUUCCCACGGGAGCGGAUGGAGAUGGUCUGCGUGCUCAUCGAGGCCAUGAAGGACUCGAGCAUCUUUGACAAGAGGGUGGCAGAGAACAUCCUGGAGCUGGUCCUGCGCGACCCUGAGUUCUGGCUGCUGGAGAUACCCAGCGUGGUGAGGAGCAUCCACGAAUGCCUGCGGAACAGCAGCAUAGAAGAGAUGUGGAGGAUGGAUGAGCUCAUCACCCUCAUGGCCAUCAAGUAUCCCAGGGAAUUGAUAGUCACCAUGGUCCUCAACGUGCCCUUGAGAGAGAGCUCCGACCUGGUCAUGUGGGACAUGGUCCUGAGCAUCUCUGAGCCCAUAGAAACCCUGCAGGAGCUCCUGGGAAUGAUCGAGCCCAGGGCCUCCCAUGCUGGGGGGGCCGGGGGCCCCCAGGGGGUGGUGACCGUGGCUGCACUGAUGGAAAAGCUCUUGAGGCUCUCAAAGGAAUGCAGAUUGGCAAGGAAACUGCAGCAGCUCCUGCCCCACAUCCUGGGCAGGCUCUGGGAUGUCACAGAGAAGCUCCAGAUAAAAGGCCUGCUCAUCCUACAGAAUGUGAUGAAGCACCUCUCGAGGGAGGAGGCCAGCCCCAUUGCCGUGGGGCUGGUGCAGGACCUGCGGCCCUUCUUUGAUGCAGGAUGUGAGCGGCUCCGGGCGCUCUCCAUCCGCCUGGUCUGCUUCCUCCUGGAGAUGAUGCUUGGAUGUGACUGGAGGAGGAUACGGAGCAAGACUUGGGAUCUGCUGCUCCCCGUCUUCUUCCAUCUAAAUGACAAAAGCCACAGCGUGGUCAAGGCUUCCCGGAAAGCUCUCCUUGCUGUGGCGACGCUCCUGGGAUGGGAAGACCUCCAGCACCUAUUGGAGACCAAGCAGAUGUGGAGGGUUAUGGAAUGCUUGGUGAAGCGGAGCAGGAAGAGGAUGCAGGCAUGCCUGCACCACAGUCUGCAGUACUGCGGGAUGCUCAGGUCCCCCUGCGAGAGGCAGCCGUCAGGUUCAUUGGUGAGCCCCAUCCCGGUCCCCAUCCCGCUGCAUCCUUGA